AUGCCUAUUCUCUCCGGAGGCAGUGACCAUGACUACAGCUUUGCUUCCUGCAAUUCCCUGAACCACCUCAUCCCCAUCUCGGUGGUCGAGACACCUUCUGUCAAAGGGGUCCAUUACCAAAGGGCUCGGAGGAUUCACCACCCAGAUCGGCUCCAGGCGGUCGACCUGAAGAGGGAGAUCAAGGUCAACGUUGGUGGCAUCAAGUACCUGUUGCCUUGGAGCACGUUGGAUGAGUUUCCGUCCUCCCGGCUGAGCAAGCUGAAGUUCUGCAGCAGUUAUGAGGAGAUCCUCCAGCUGUGCGAUGACUAUGAUGAGGACUCCCAUGAGUUCUUCUUCGACCGGAACCCUGGCGCUUUUGGGAUGAUCGUCAGCUUCCUUGCGGCAGGGAAACUGAUGCUUCUGCGCGACACCUGUGCCUUGUCCUUCCGGGAAGAGCUGAGGUACUGGGGCAUUGAGGAAUCCAACCUGGAGAACUGCUGUAUCCGAAAACUCUUCCAGAAGGCCGAGGAGCUGGCGGAGGCCCGCAAGGAGGAGGAAAUGCAGAGGGAAAGGGGGGCAUCCUGCAGCCUGGAGGAGGAGACCAAAUUUGGUCAGUUUAUGAGCAAGCUGAGGGACAUGGUUGAUAACCCUCAGUCAGGCCUUCCAGGGAAAAUCUUUGCUUGCCUCUCCAUUCUUUUUGUGGCAACCACAGCAAUUAGCCUUUGCAUCAGCACCAUGCCAGACUUAAGAGAAGAAGAAGACAGGGGCGAGUGUUCCCAAAAGUGCUAUUACAUCUUCAUCAUAGAGACCAUCUGUGUGGCUUGGUUCUCACUGGAGUUCUGUCUUCGAUUCAUCCAGGCAAAGAACAAGUGCCAGUUUUUCAAAGGGCCACUGAACGUGAUCGACUUCCUGGCCAUCUCUCCCUAUUACGCUUCUCUGAUUGUGCUGGACGACGAGGCCGCGGAGAACGAAGAGGGCGGCCGGCCGAGCAGCAACUCGUACCUCGAGAAGGUGAGCUUGGUGCUACGGGUCUUACGUGCCUUGAGGAUACUGUACGUCAUGCGCCUUGCCCGGCACUCCUUGGGCUUGCAGACGCUGGGCCUCACCGUGCGGCGGUGCGCCCGAGAAUUUGGCCUGCUUUUGCUCUUCCUGUGCGUGGCCGUCACCUUGUUUUCCCCGCUGGUCUACCUUGCGGAAAACGAAUCCGGGAAGGUCCUGGAGUUUACCAGCAUCCCCGCCUCCUAUUGGUGGGCCAUUAUCUCCAUGACGACGGUGGGGUACGGGGACAUGGUCCCAAGGAGCGUCCCAGGCCAGAUGGUGGCCCUGAGCAGCAUUCUCAGCGGCAUCCUCAUCAUGGCUUUCCCAGCCACCUCCAUUUUCCACACGUUCUCCCAUUCCUACUCGGAGCUCAGGAAGGAGCAGGAGAGGCUGCAGUCGCGGAUAAGGAGAAUGAACGAUGCCAACAUGUCCGGCGAAAGCGACACCCUGAACGAGAGCGAGAGCUUCACAACCGACGCCACCGGCUCUCCCAUCAAGUACAUUUACAAGGGAUAG